GCUAGACUUGAAAUGGCUGCUGGGAAAUAUCAAGAAUCCUACUCUUCUCGGUUUUCUAAUUGUAAAUAUCAAGUGUUCUUGAGUUUUAGAGGUGCAGACACCCGCAAGAACUUUACCGAUCACCUCUACAAGGCCCUAAUUCAAGCAGGGAUUCACACAUUUAGAGAUGAUGAUGAAAUUCGGAGAGGAGAGAAUAUAGAUUUCAAGCUCCAGAUGGCAAUACAACAAUAAAAAAUAUCGAUAAUCGUGUUCUCCAAAGACUAUGCUUCUUCGAGAUGGUGCCUCGAUGAACUUGUAAUGAUCAUGGAACGUAAGAGGAAUGAUGACUGCAUAGUUUUGCCAGUAUUCUAUGAUGUGGAUCCAUCCCAAGUCGGACGUCAAACAGGGAGCUUCGCUGCAGCAUUUGUGGAACAUGAAAAGAGCUUCAACGAGGAGAUGGAGUGGGUGAAUGGGUGGAGGAUUGCUUUGAAAGAAGUUGCAGAUUUAGCUGGAAUGGUUUUAGGAGAUGGGUACGAGGCACAGUUUGUCCAAUCUAUUGUGGAGAAUGUCUCAAAGAAUUUGGAUCCAAAAAUAUUUUAUGUCCCCCUUCAUUUCAUUGGAAGAGAUGCUCUAGUACAAGAUAUCAACUCAUGGUUGCUGGAUCCCAUGGCGCUGCCAUUGCUUUACUCUAUGAGGCAACUUCUUUUCAACAUCCUAAACAAGACUGUUGAGAUAAAUGAUCCUGAUGAAGGAAUUCUGAAGAUUAAGGAUGCAUUAUGUUGCAGAAGAACUCUUAUUGUUCUAGAUGAUGUGGACAAAAGGGACCAAUUCAAUAAAAUCAUUGUCAUGCAAAAUUGGCUUUGUAAAGGAAGUAAAAUCAUUGUAACAACCAGAAAUAAGGGUCUGUUUUCAGCUAAUGAUAUUGAGCGUGUGGAGUGCAAAGUUGAACCGCUAGAUAAUGAAAAAUCACUUGAGCUUUUCAGUUGGAAUGUGUUUGGACAAGCUGACCCUGUUGAUGGUUUUGUGGAAGACUCUUGGAGAAUAGUACAUCAUUGUAAUGGACUUCCAUUAGCUCUUCGAGUUAUUGGCUCUUCAUUGUCCGGAAAAGGAAGAGAGAUAUGGGAAAGCGCAUUACAACAAAUGGGAGUGAUUCCUAAUUUUGAUGUUCAAAAGGUUCUUCGAAUAAGUUACGACUUUCUUGAUGGUGAUUAUCCGAAGAACUUAUUCCUUGAUAUCGCAUGUUUCUUCAAUGGAAUGGUUGUGGAUGAUGCAGUUAGGAUACUGGAUGGGCUCGAUAAAGGUGCAAGAUUUGGGAUUGACAAUCUCAUCGAUAGAUGUCUUGUUGAAAUCCACAGUGAUCAAAGGUUGUGGAUGCAUCAACUAGAUGCUGAAAAAUUGCGUGGCCUUACCAUUGAUAUGCAUGCAUUAAUGGAAGAUCAUUAUGCAGAAGUUGUCUGUACUGAUUCAAUCGUUUGUCGCAAGCGCCGCAGGCUUAACUUCUUUCAACAAUGGCUUUCCGAUUUUUCCGAUGGGGGAAAAUUACAAACUGGCCAAACAAGUUUGUUUCCCAUCCUCAGCACGGAUGCUUUUAGAAAGAUGCCAGAUGUAAAAUUUCUCCAACUAAACUACACUAAUUUCCAUGGAAGUUUUGAGCACUUUCCCAAGAAUUUGAUAUGGUUAUGUUGGCAUGGAUUGUCUUGGAGCUCCAUACCAAAUCACGUAUGCUUGGAGAAGCUGGUGGUUCUUGAUCUAUCCAGAAGUUGUCUAGUUGAUGCUUGGAAGGGCAAACUGUUUCUUCCAAAAUUAAAAAUUCUUGAUCUCCGUCACUCUCGUGAUCUCAUUAGAACCCCAGACUUCUCGGGUCUCCCAGCCCUUGAAAAGCUAAUACUUGAAGACUGCAUCCGUUUGGUUUUCAACGAGGAAAAUGUUGAGAUUUACCUCGUUUUCACUGCCACGCUUCUUGGAGAGUCUAGAUUUAAGUGGAACUCCAAUUCGUUUUCUUCCAGAAAGCAUCAAGGAUCUUGGUCUACUCAGACACCUAUAUUUAAGAAAUUGCAAAAUGCUUCAAGCACUCCCAGAGUUUCCAUCCCAUUUGAAUUCAUAACAUUUAUGGAUGGCAUAUUCAACGUUGUCGUAUCUGUAUUUGACAAAGAUGAGAUGUUAAGGGGGUUUAUGAGGAGAAAGAAGAGGAUAAAUGCAUACCGUGGCUUUAGUUAUGUUUAUCUUGAAAUCAGAAACAAUACCAGUGGUCGAUCCUUUCUUUGUCAAGCCUUUGUCUUCCCUAUGAGAUACAAGCGUGAUGUUCGUGAAAUCCAAUCGCUAUUGCACACGAAAUUAGGGGGCAAUGAUCCUACAUUUGAUAAUGGUGAUGACGUGAGUAUUUCAGUGCUUCCACAUGGUCCAGCUAUCCAAAUAAAGGCGAUUGGUGUCCAAUGGUUGCAUGAAGAGGAAGGAAAGGAUGAAGUUAUCAAUGCCAAAGUAGAAAUAGCUUCUCGUAUUUUUAGAAAUUAUUAUUGUGCUUUCCAUGGUAAAUCCAAUGAUGGCAAAAUCGGUUGGUGGUGUUUUGCAAAUAAAGGUCUAGAACUUCUCAUUAAGUAG